GGAGAAAAGGGAGAAGUGUAAACUGCUAAACUGCCAUCUAAUGGUGGCAUAAAUAAUGCACAAUGCGGUUGAUUUCAGACUGUAAGUCAGACUCGCUUUGUAUAGCACGGAAAAGUUCAGUCCACACUUCCAGCAUCCAUACAGACUGAUGAUCAUUACAGAGAGACGAUGAUGCACUAAAGCGUCGUGUUAAAUCUGAGUGAUGGGGAAGUAUUUCUUCAGUGAGACAGACAUCAGGAGCACGUGGGAGCAGGUCCUGUCUGCGUUCUGGCAGAGAUACCCGAAUCCAUACAGUACUCAUGUUUUGACAGAAGAUGUGAUCUUUCGUGAGGUGACUCCAGAUAAUGUUCUCCUUUCCCGACGUCUCUUCACAAAGACCAAUCGGCUGCCUCGGUGGGCGGAGCUAAUCUUCCCCGGCAACCUAUCACGGUCUGUUUACAUUGUAGAAGACUCUGUUGUCGACCCCAGCAACAGACAACUCACUACAUUAACCUGGAACUUAAACCAUUCCAAAUUAAUGACAGUGGUGGAGCGAUGUGUGUUUCAUGGUGUGGAGGAGACCUCUGUAUGGACUCAUCUCACAAGAGAAGCCUGGAUCUCAUCAGGAGUGUUUGGUCUGUCCAGGCCUAUACAGGAGUUUGGCUUGUCCAGGUUCAGGAGUAAUCAGAUAAAGUCAAUGAAGGGUCUGGAACAUGCGCUGUCUAAACUACAGAAAUCAGCAACUCAGGGUCACAAUGCUGACACGUCUAAAGAUUCCCAGAAGAAGACAGAGAACGUGACCGAGAACAAGACAGAGAACAUGACAGCUUCUACCGGUUCACAAAAGCCACAACAAUAUGCCUGAAAACUCUGUUUCUCAUCUCCAGCAAACUCAAAAGUUUUAAUGAUGUGUUAAUGUCCAAGAAAUAAACCUUUAACCUUCAGCUACAUGUGGAGCAAAUGUAGGGAAGUGAAGGGAAAGGACGAUAAUCUAGUGUUAGUGGUCUAAUAAAGUGCUGUGAGCUGAGAAACUGACCAACAUUAAGAUUAGAUUGAGAAGACAGAAGUUAUUUAUCUUAGUGGGGAUUGUUAAACCUGAAAGCUUUAAGUGAAAGUGCUGUGUGUCCUCACGAACGCCCUUGACCUCAUCUCUCAUCUUCACUGGGAUCCCACGGCACGUUUUAACUAUUUAUUCCCAAACGAUGUGUGAAAGCAGGAGAGACAAACCUAAAUGAUUCCGUCAUGUUGCACUAUUCGCUGGAUGAAACCUCAGGGACAGACGUGACUUCAUGCUGUUUAUUUCUCACAGGCUCAAGCUUCCUGUGUUUUAGCGUUUUCUUAAAAAAAUGUGAAUAUUAUGCACAUUGUGAGCAUGUAUCAUAUCGCUGGUUUUUAAUGUCAUAUUAUCGUUUAUGCAUUAUGUGGUUGAGAAAACAUUUCAAUUCAUUCCAUAAUCUCAGUGACAGUUUCAGGAGUUUUGUUUGUGAAGUAAAGAGGUUACUGAAGUGUAUGUACAUAACCAUUUACACUGUAAAAUAACACUGUUUUUGAAUCUGUAUUUAAUUUCGCUGCCUGUUUGUGAUCACUGACUUCUCAUCAUCAGUACAAUAAUGAUUUACAAUCUGUGAUAUAAACAAUAAACACCUGGUUUAAAACAA